AUGGUAUUGGGUCAAUAUCCCAUGCAGAACCUUUGCUUGGCAGUCAUCGUGAUGAUGCCUCUGCUGGCGGGAAUCAUUUGCUCGCUGCGGUUUUACGCAAAGCGACGUAGCGCCGGCGGGAUUGGGAUAGAGGAUUGGUUGAUUGUGGUGGCGGUGUUAUUCUCUAUCAUUAUUAUAUACCCAUCAUGGAGAUUAAGUAUAAUGUGGCAUUAUGGCGUUCAUAUUUGGGAUGUCAAUUGGCAUUAUUCUGAACCAUCGAUGGAUGAAUACUAUAGGAUGACAAUGGUAUUUUAUAUGUUCAGCGUCUGGAUAUUGCCUUUGGUCAAGGCAUCCAUCAUAAUUCUGUUGCUCAAGGUCGGCGGGAUUAUCGCUCCCGUUCGAAAGGCAGUUUAUGUCCUUUUCGCCAUCAAUACUAUUGGUGCUAUCAUCCCGGCUCUCUUCUAUCUCUUCGAAUGCCCGCCGUUGACCGGCAACAACUGGAAGCCGACAACCUUCGGCAACUUGCAUUGCGCUGGCAGACUUGUCAUCGGCCGGAUUAAUAUCUUUCAAGUGUGCAUCAAUAUGUUCACUGAUCUCUUGACAUUUCCAAUCCCUGUCUACUUGACAUGGAAAUUGCAAAAGGCCAGCUUGAGGGAUCGAUUAAUCAUUGUCUUCUUGUUUUCUUUGAGUUUAGGUGUUACGGCUAUUGGUGCUGUUAGAAUUUACUUGACAUAUAAGGAAAGACUCUACCGAAAGCCCGAGGUCGACUGGACAUGGACUAUUGCUUUCUGUGUCAACCAUCUCGAACAUGGCAUGGCUAUCAUAUUUGCUUGCAUCCCAAGUCUGCGCGUCCUUAUCCUCGGCUGGCUAGGGUACCACGACGGAGAAACUGUCAGAUCAUACGCAAGAACAAGAUCCUACGCCCAACCUUAUGGCGAAGGUACUCGUCGUGGAUCUCUCGGAGCCCCUUCUAGUCCGAAGAAAGUACAUACGAGGGCGAUUGAAGUCACCUGUCUGACAACUUUCGACGUUGAAAGUACUGCCAUAAAAGAUUAUCCUUACCACCUCGAGCAUGCCACAUAUAAUAACAAUGGGCCUGAAAACGAAACGAGUUCGUAUUCCGGGUCAAAAACAGAAAUCGAAAUUGAGUCUCAGAAAUAUUAA